UUUCCACUCGCUUAUUCCAUUUCUAUGGCUCCGGUGAGAGUCAGUUAGCUGGAGACUGAUCCGAAGCAUCAGGAGAGAAAAAGACGUGAGGAAAUAAACGGCUAUCAUGGCAUCGUUAAACAUCGGGUUCAACGGGGCUCGUAAAAAAACGGCAGCGCGUAUUAGAGCCGUAGAGAGGAGAAAUCUGAUCACCGUGUGCAGGUUCUCAGUGAAGACCCUCAUUGAUCGCUCAUGUUUUGAGACGAUAGACGACACGUCUGCUGAGUUCAUCAACUUUGUCUCCAUUCUAGAACAUAUUCUCAGCCAUAGACUGAAAGGUCAGGUCAGCUGGUUUGGCUAUGAGAGCCCGCGCAGUUUCUGGGAUUACAUACGUAUAGCGUGUAGUAAAGUCCCGCACAGCUGCAUCCACAGCAUCGAGAACAUGGAGAACGUCCGCAGCUCUAAAGCAAAGGGUCGUGCCUGGAUAAGAGUGGCGUUAAUGGAGAAGCGUUUGUCUGAAUAUAUCUCUGCAGCUCUGAGAGACUUCAAAACUACAAGGAGGUUUUAUGAGGAGGGUGCUAUAGUUCUGGGUGAGGAGGCGGGGCUUCUUGCAGAUACUCUGAUUGGACUGAAUGCCAUUGACUUCAGUUUCUGUCUGAAAGGGGAGGGGCUUGAUGAGAGCUGUCCCGCCGUCAUUGACUACACACCGUACCUUAAAUUCACACAAACUUCUGACAGCAUUAGCAGCGAUGAGGAGGAAAUGAGAACGCUGGGCAGCAGCGGAAGUGAAGCAGGCACUCCUGAAUCCCACAUGGCUGCCAGUCUGCUGGCCGAUCAGAACACCUGGUACAGCAAGAGCAAAAGACUAGAGCAGAAAUACAGAGUCGUGCUGGAACAGAAGGGUUAUCUGGAGGAGCUGGUGUGCCUGAGGGAAGCUCAGCUCUCUGAGUCUGUCUCUCAGAAUAAAUCUCUACUGCAACGACUCACUGACACCGAAAUCAGCCACAAACAGGAGAAAGAGCAGCUGGAGUUCAUCAUACUGGAGCUGCAGGAUCAGCUGACGGUGAUGAAGAACCAUGACCUUCGCUCCAGACAGGAGCUUACCUCGCACCUGACAAACCAAUGGCCCUCACCUGGUGCCUUGGAUACUAAUGCAGUUGCCUUGGAUACACUCCUGUACAGGAAACGCACAGAACCAUGGGAAGAGAAAAGCUUCCAGAGUUUGGAGCAGCUUUCUGCAGAUAUGAGUCUCUCUCAGACGUCUCUGGAGCCAGCACAACUGAACACACACAGUCUGGACAGCAAGGCAGGACUUACACACUGGCACAGAGAAGGGAAAGAGGAUACUCCGUCUCUGAGGGGUUUGUGUGGUUCCUUAACCUCAGUGGCCAGUUACAAAUCUCUGGCCAGUCUGAAGUCCAGUGAGUAUCUGGCCAGUCCAACAACAGACAUGACCAGCCCAGGACUGACUCCAUCCUGAGAGACAAGUAUGGACAUAUAAACACACACACAAACACACGGAAACGGAAAUCUACCUAUCGGUAUCAUCCUCAGAGCUUCUAAGAGACAUUUCAGCUAGGCAAGAUGAAACCCCAGUGCUGUCCUGACUGAUUUUAGUUCAGUUUGAAGUGCAGUUUCUUUUUAGAUGUGAACAUUUGGUCGUUGAAGUCCAUAGCUAGUGUAAGCAUUAGCAGCAUUAGUGAAUAUUGAGCAUAAUUUAUCAUGAUGAAUGACAAUCUUGACUCAGGACAUCUGUGAAUUUCAGCUGUCUGUGAAAUUUUGUUUAUCCACCCAGUUCAAAUGGCUGCUGUUUUUGAAAAGUUUUAGCUUAUGUUUAACUUCAUGUCUCACUAUUUUAUUUGAUUUGAUUUUAAACGUUAGAUUUACGGUUUUAUUUAAUUUACUAUUUUAUUGUAUUUUAACUUUGAUUUAUCUUCUUGUCUCACUAUUUAAUUUAAUUUAAUUUUAAAUAUUACAUUUAAUUUUAAUAUUUUUAUUUUAUUUUAUUUAGUUCAAAAAAUAUAGCUGUGAAAUUUCAGUAAGAAAAAUAUUUAGGACUUUAACCUAAUUGUAUCCAUCAGAAAUUGUUUAAAUUGUGAGAAGUGGAUGUUUCAUAUCAGAAUGGAAAAACUGGAGCCAUAAUAAUAUUAAAUCCAAUUCGAUUAUGACAGAAAUGUUAACAACAAUAUGCUUUGUUCACUUGCCCUCAUUUGUCUUUUUAGGGAGUAAGAGGAAUAUGAUUUCAGACAUUUCUCUGGUGUGCUGGAUGUGGAUGCUAAUACAUUCAGUUCUUGUCUCUGGCUUUUAACUGAAGUGUCUGAGAUUCACUCUGUCCUCUUACAUGGAGAGGUCUUACAUAUUCAUCAGUUCAGUGAUUUACAUAAUCAUACAGCACUCAAAACAUUGGUUUUGCAUUUUUCCCACCGUCACUCUCAGAUAGUGGCUAAUGUGCACCGGUGUAAAGCAUUGCCAUGAAUUUAUAUAAAUAAAGAAGAAUAAUAUGGAUGACAUAUUGAACUGGAACAAGAAUGUAUUCAAAAUCAAAGAUCUUUAACUUAAUCUGUAAACGGCAGAACUAGUUUUAUCAAUUUAAUGGGAUUAAUUAUAAAAAAGUAAAACUAAAAAAUUAUUUGAGUUAAUCAUUUCUUCUAAUUUGUAUGUAAAUACUGUAAGUUCCUACCUCCAGAGCAAUUCAAGCUUAUAGUACCGCUUUGUUUUUGACUGUAUAAUGAGGCUGUGGACUAUAGAACAGUGAUGUUCAAAGACAUGGACAUAUAUAAUAUAGCCACUUUUUUAAUGUCAAUUCCUUGCUUUUUUCAUCAGCCACAAUUCUCUUCAUUAGAGGGCUUUUUUUGUGGUUAGUUUGAUUACAAAAUCAGAAUGUCUUAAUUAAUGUGCAGUAUUUUUAAUCCACUGACUGCCCUAGUCUGAACCCAUUUUUAUUUAAAUGUAAGGUUUAAUUGUAGAAUUAAUUGGUAAGUUGUGUUUAAAGUUAAAAUUGAAUACUCCUAAUACUGCUGCUGAUAAUUAUUAAAAAAAAAAAUCCAUUAAAUAUUACUAGUGUGAUUUGAUCAUAAAACAGACCUGUUUAUAAAAUCAGUUUAAGAGGCAUGCCAAGCCAUGGAUUAUAUGUAAAAAAAAAAUUUUUUAAAGUGUUACGAAAAGUGUAUGAUUACUCAUGAGCAUCAGUACAGUCAUAACAGAAACUCCAGGGAAACACGUAUGCAGAAUUCCCUUUGUUGCUGCUCAUCAAAAAUAGUCUUGUCAGCUCAAACAUUGCCUUGCUGAAUGUCCAUGUUCUUAGUGUUAAAGAAUGUCUCGUCUGCCUGUGUGUGACUUCAGUUCUGUACUGCAAAAAAUGCAUGUUUUACAGCUCAGAGCCAGUACAUCUAAAUGUGCAUCUCAAGGUUUUUUUGAGAUUCUUACAGCACUGUUUGAUCUAAAAUGUGCCAUUAAAUGUGUAUAGUGGAAUGAAGGAAAUGCAUUUCCGUAUUUAAGUGUUACUUUUCAGUUUCAAGAGUUUAAGCCUUUAAAUUUGAGAAAAGUUAACACUUUUUUUUUUAACUCGGCAGAAUUGUCACCUUUACAGACAUUUUCGAAUGUAUUUUGUUUCUCAAUGCUUUGAAACCUGUUUUUGGGAUUGAGUUUUUCUUUCUUUAAUUUUCUGUUGCACAGUGACAGAAAUAAAUGGGGUAGGGAUAAUGAGGGCGCACUGAGAUGAAUAUCAUAUAUUCAGCUAAUUAUAAUUUAGCCUCAAUAUGUUUAGUCAAAUUUAACUUCAUGUUCUCAUCUAUGAUCGUGUUUUUUCAAUAAAUUCAAAUGUAAAUACA